AUGUCGCGCCGUGGUCGCGCCUUGGGUCGUCCCUUGACCAGCGGCAGACCUUCUGCAAACCCUGCCUCAGACUCGUCCAGACCAUCCAACAGCGCCCAUCAUGCCAACAGCGCUGCCGCUGCCGCAUCCUCCAUCUACUCGCAACCAUCUACGCGCGAGCUUCUGCAAGGCGGUGUGAGGAGGGACUUUAAGGAUCCCACUGGGCGCGUAGGCGAGUUCUCCUCGGCAGAGGACAAGUGCCCAAUCUGUCGCACAGAUCGAUUCCUCAAUCCUCGCCUACGACUGCUCGUGUCGCCGUGCUACCACAAAAUGUGCGAAUCCUGCAUCGACCGCAUCUUCAGCUUGGGUCCUGCUCCCUGUCCCGAUUGCGGUCACGUGUGCAGAAAGAACCAGUUUGGCAGUCAGACCUUUGCUGAUCUCAGCAUCGAGAGGGAAGUCGACAUUCGCAGGAGGCUCGGCAAGCUCUUCAACAAGUCGCGCGACGAGUUUUCGACGCUGACAAGCUACAACAAUUACCUGGAAGAGGUCGAGACGUUGACCUUUAAUAUCAUCCACAAGGUGGACCUGCCAGCCACAGAGGCGCGCGUGGCAGCGUACGAAUCCGCCAACAAGUCUUCCUCUGCCUCCAACGUUCGCGCUCAGCAAGCCGCAUCGGAGCAGCAGCGCCAGCAAGAGUCCGCGUUGAAAGCGUUGCAGGUGCAGCGAGCUCGCGAGAGGAGGGUUAGGCACGAUGCGUACAAGCAGCAAUUGCAGGCGCUUCAAGAGUCUAGUGCGGAUGAUAUUGCCAGAGGCAUCGACGUCAGGGGCAGGCGGGAAGACGUUGCGCGCAGGUACGAGAGGCAAGAGAAGCUCAUCGAGGAGCGUCACAAGGUGCAAGAUGCUGCGGCAGCUGCUGUUGGCAACUCCGAAACGUCCAUCGCUGCUGCACCAAGCCGCCAACAGUGGCUGGUCGAAUCGCUUUGGGACUUUGUGCCCGCACCGCUAGCCACGCUGGACGACUGCAGUUGGGCGUACGACUUGCGAGACGCUCCCUCAUCCCUCGGCGGGCCGGACGUCAGCAAAGGCUACGUCGAUCCAUGGGCGCUGGAGAAGCUCGACGGGGAUGCGGGCAGUCGUUUCAGAGCAGGAGGCUACGACUACUCCGAGGUAUGGCAGAGGUGCAUCCGGGCUAGCAUCGAUGGGCUAGCGAUCAAGACGGCGCGCACGUAG